UUUUCCCAUCCUUUCCCCUCCGCCCUGAACGCCUCCUGACGUUGACGGACAGCUGCAGGGUGUCGGGUUGCCGCGGUGGGCGGGGCUUCGUGUUGCUCAACAUGGCUGCGCCCUGCACGGAUCAACAGGUCUGAAGGUGUUCAUCAUGUCCAGGGAGCAGGUGAGUAUCAGUGAGCUCCUGCUCUCAUUGGACAGUUCAGAGCUGCAGGAGGCGGAGCAAGUCAGAGCAGCGGUCAACCAGCAGCUGAGUACAGACAGAGGAGGUGCUGUCCUCUCCUCCCUGGUGGAGUACUACCUGGAUUCGUCCUCCUCUCAGGCGGUUCUCCUCCUGUCCUCCGUCAGAGAGGCUCAUCACAAGCCCCUGUUGGAGAAGCUGAAUGAGUCUCUGAGCCGACCCGGGACCAGACUGGCUGGUCUUACCCUGCUGGGUCACCUGAUCCAGAAACAGCCUCCCUGGGUUCAUCACAUCAGCCGCUCGGCUCUGCUGGCCUCCCUGCUGCGCUGCCUUAAGACAGACACUGACGUGGUGGUCCUGAUCACCGGAGUCCUGGUGCUCAUCACUCUGCUACCCAUGAUCCCUCAGGCCGGGAAACAGCACAUCUACGACUUCUUCGACGUGUUCGGACGCCUCGCAUCCUGGAGCUACAAAAACCCUGGUCGUGUACCUGUGGUCCACCUGGUCCACCUCCAUGCAGGUGUGUACUCUCUGUUCCACCGUCUGUACGGGAUGUUCCCCUGCAACUUCAUCUCCUACCUGAGGCUGCACUACAGCAUGAAGGAGAACCUGGACACCUUCCAGGAGGUCGUCAAGCCCAUGUUGGAACAUGUCAGGGUUCACCCCGAGUUGGUCACAGGGACUCAGGACUAUGAGCUGGACCCGUCCAGGUGGAGGCGUUACGAAGUCCAUGACAUCGUGAUCGAGUGCUCCAGAGUGUCCCUGGAUCCUCUGGAGUCGUCCUGUGAGGAGGACAUUUACUCCUCUCUGAGAGACCCUCCCCCCUCUAACUCCCCCUCCUCCUCACCCAGACCUCCCCCACAUUCCUCCCCCCUCCCUUACCUGAACCUCACCUCAGAGAGCAGCUCAGGAAGUUCAGUCUGUCCUCAGCUGUCUGCACGUCCACCUCAGCUGACACUCAACAACUCCUACACACAGGCUGAUGAUGUCACAUGGAGCCCCUCCUCACAGUGUGGUUUGUCGACGCCCCCUCCUGAACCUGCUGCUACAGGCUCCGCCCACCCUCUGAGCAGGGCUGCCUCCGUCUCAGGUGUGAAAUGUCCCUCGCCAGCCUCCGUCCCCUUGACACCGCAGACAGAUGAGAACCAACACGGCGGUCUGACUCCGGUUAACAACCGCCAGGUCACAGGGAAGGAGGGAAGAGGCCAGAGUGAAGAGUCGUCCUCCUCCUCUCAGCCGGUCCUCCUCACCUCCACCCCGGGCCGUGAUGAGUCUUCCUCAGGUCCGGCCCUGCCCCUCCAUCCCUGCUACAUCUCGCUCUGCUUCACCCCCCCUCACCCCUCCACCACCUUCAGCCGAUCAGAGGAGGAAGGCUCCGCCCUCCCGCCUGGCCCCGCCCCUCCCUAUGAAGCCCUGUUUGAGCUCGCCCUGCCCCGAGCCGCCACGAUGUUCAUCGGGAAGAAGACGCAGGAGGUGGUGGAGAGAGCAGCGGGGGAGGACGAGAAGGGGGGAGGAGAGGGGGAGGAUAUGCAGGAGGAGCAGACCUCCGUCUCUCCUCUGAGUGUUUUAGACCAGCUGAUCGUCCACGGACACGACGCCCACGAACACCUCCGCAGGAGGUUGUCAGCUGUGAAUAAGUCGGUGGAUCGGAGUCAUUUUGGAGGUAAACAGCAGAGCAUGAAAAACAAAGGCCCCGCCCAGGGGGAGGAGCUUCAGUCCCUCAGGAGCCAGUUGCUUCUGGUCCACAGUCAGCUGCAGUACGAGCGUUUCAAACGCCAACAACACGCCAUCAGAAACCGCCGCCUGCUGCGGAGAAUCAUCAGCGCCACCACGCUGGAGGAGCACGGCGUCGCCAUGAAAGGUCAGCUGAGCGCUCAGGACGAAGAGAUUCGCUCUCUGAAGACGAGUCUGCAGGAAGAGCAGAGACGAUACACACAACUGCAGCAGGACACGCACACACACACGGAGAGGCUGCACACACACGUCCAACAGCUGCUGCUGCAACACCAGGACGAGCAGAGAGACAGGCAGAGGCUGCAGAGCGAGCUUCAGGAGUGUCAGACCAGGUUGAGGGAUCUGGAGGCGGAGCUACAGAAGGCCAAUAACAAGGCUUACAAUGCUGAACACCAGCUGACUCAGCUGUCACUCAAGCUGUGCAGCAGUGAGCAGCUGCAGCAGCACAUCUUCCUGUUGGACCAGCAGCUCGUCCUGCUGAGAGAAGCUAACAGAGGUCUGACAGAACAGCUGGAGGCGGGAGAGACACACCCCCACACGGAGGCGUCCAUGCUGCAGUGCAGUGUGGGUAAGGAGUACCAGCGGCUGAAGGACAGCGACGUCCAGCAGAGACAGAAGCUGGAAGCGGCCAAUCACAGGAUAGCGGAGCUGGAGAACCAGCUGGCCAAGAGAGACCAGCUGAUCCUGGAUCAGAAGAAACUCCAGGAGGACACGAAGGCCCAGAGCAGAGCGGAGCUGUCGGCCUGCGAGAGUCGCUGCGUGGCCCUGAGGAGAGUCACCCAGACGCUGCAGACCGAGAUGCUGCACCUGUACAGCCAGGUCCACCUGGACCCCCAAAGCCGGCCUCAAGACAUCUGGAGCAGGCCAAACGGCGACACCUUACCGGGUCCUCAGGGCGGCCACAACCCCCCCCCCUCCUCUUCUUCUGUUGGUAUUAUAAACGGCGUGGAGGCCCUCUCCACCUCCCCCCUGCACCUCCCCUCCUGCCCCUCCUCCCCCCUCUCCCUCUCCCCCAUUGACUCCCCCCUCGCCGUCGGCUCCUUCCUGGAGCAGCGUGCACGGCAGCUGUUCAGACCGACCAAUCACAGCCAGGGGGAGGAGGAGGAGGAGGAGGAGCAGCAGCAGGAGGGCGUGGAGCAAGAGGAGGAGGAGGAGGAGGCCCAGCCAGAGAGCCCUCCUCUGGGUCAGGAGGCGGAGGAGGCCGCCCUCCUCGCUGGCAGCCCUGAGACGGAGCCCCUGAGCCGGGCUUCAGCUCGCGGCCUCCCCAUCUCUGAACCUGCGGCGCCUCCCGCAGACCUGACCCUCGCCGUCCGGCAGAGGAGACACGAGCUGAGCAUCAUGGACUACGACGAGACCCUGCCUGAGUACUGAUGGAGGGCUGGAGAGACGGAGGGAGAUCAGCUACAGUCCAGGAGCUAGCAGGCUGCUGCUAACAGGCUAGCCACGCUAACAGUCCACAUCCUGAUCUUUGUCUGUUCGCCAUCAGGAUCUUCAGCCGCCCUUAAGAAGAAAAACUAUCUCCGUGCACAGAGAGAACAGAACAUGUUCGAGGUCUAAAGACAUAAACACCAAACCAAGUGGCACGGUGACAUGAAUUUAUAGUUCUAGACCCUUGGUGACUCCUUGGCUAGUGAAGCUAACUGUUAACACACUUGAAACGUGAUAGUGGUAGCCAGCUACAGCGGCCCAGUUCGAUGUUGUGGCAGCUAACAAGCUACGUAGCUAGCUUAAUGGUUAACUGGUGAAGAUUCAACAUCCUAGCUAUCCUAGCUAUAUCAGCUAACUCAUUUUUAGAGUUUCUUAAACCAGAAGAUAUAUGAAUUAUUGUCUGAUGAAUUAGUGUUAAUAUUUUUAUCCCGAUCUGUUAGCUCUGCUGUGCUGUGAAUGAAAUGUCUUCUUAAGCACGACUGAAGGUCCUGAGUUUGGUAGUUGGGUUCAUGUCUGGAGGGACGACAACUUUUUAAAGCCAAAAAUAAGGGAAGAAAAACAUUCACAUGGAAAUUCAGUUUUUUUGUUAAAAUUUCAAAGAAGCUAACGGCAGCUGUUAGCUGUAACUUGAAACUGCCUUCCUGUCAUGUGCUGCUACAGCAGCGGCAAAACACUAAACGAGAUCUGACUUCUGCAAUAAACCUUCCUCAGGAAUUCAACUGA